GGUGAUUGUUCUUUUUGGCCGGAGGAAAACAUGAAGUUCCUGGACGCUGCACGCGUUUCGAUCCUGCUGUUGGUGCUGCUGUGGGGCAAUGAGCGCGGUGCGCAGGGGAAAGCGGCUCGGCUGGAGCGCUGGGUCAGAGCUGGACUGCAGUACCUUAAACUGCACCUGUGCCGCAGGGUUGCGUUACCGGAGAGCGAGUGCCGCAAACUCGCUCAUCUCCAUCCCAGCGGAAUAGCGGUGUAUACUUCAGAGUCCGGAGCUGGUAAAGUGUUCGCCAUCCUGCCCGACUCGCAUCCCGCAUUAAAAGCGAGUCACAACGCGGGUGUCCUUGCGGCUGAGCGCGGGCUGGAGAGGGAGCGCUUCACCGACGUGAGCGCGCAUGACGCCGUGCUCGUGCUGGACCCGAGUCCCGGAGAGAGCUUCGGUCAUCCUGUGCUGCUCUUCUACUUGGACUUUAACGUGGCCAAGAAAAAGUGUGUCCACAUGGAAGGGAUUUAUUUAGGAGAAGAGUGUAUGACAUUGGCCCUGAAGACUCGCUGUCAGAACCAGCUGAAGCGGAGAAGGAGCCGCAGCGACCGUACUAUGGAACGCACACAGAUUCGGAAGGGUUCGGUGUCCAGAGCAAGCCAUGCAGAGCGUAGCAGUGGCCUCUGUGAGAUCCACUUCCUGCCCCGAGUGGUGGGAGUGAUGGACAGCAACCAAACACAGCGCCUCCGCUGUGUGGAUCAUCCAGAGUUUGCGAGAUGCCCACAGCCUUUGCCCCUCACUAGUCCAAGCAUGCCCGUUUCUAGUUGUGAGUUCAAUAAGAAUACUCGUCGAUGCCACCAGCAGCCUCUCGCCACACAUCACUCAUGUCGCCUCUACCAGACCUGUGAUCACGCAGUACUGCUCUCAGGUGGUUGGCAGGAACAGAUCACAUAUCAGCACCAUGAGCAGAAUCUGCUGCUCUUCUACCACAUGCUAAGAGACAAUGGGUUUCAUAAGGAUCACAUUAAAACAUUCUUUGCUGGAAAUGGACAGGUAGCAGAUAAAGAGGCAGAAGGAAUGUAUCCAGCCACAGAAAAGGAGUUAAUCAGGAACCACAUCUCCUACAUCUGUCGUAAGCAGCACUGUGCAGACACAUUCGUCCUGUAUCUGAACAGCCCGACCCGCAACGACGGAACCAUGCUGUUGUGGGACCGCAACAACAAUGGCAUAGCAGAUCUAAAGGAGCGCUAUGCUGUAGGUGAGCUGCUGGCUGACCUUGCAGGCUGCAGGGCAAGUCGAGUGCUGCUCUUUGUGGAGCAGAGCUACACCGGUGUUCUCACUAAGAGACUAAAGGGCUCUCUUAAACACCUUAAUGUGGUGCUGCUCAACAAUCUGUCCUGGAUGAACACAGCUCAGUACUGGGUGUCUCUGCACCCAUCCCACUGCCUCAUCGACCACCUCAGUAAGAAUGCUGUAAUGCCCCAUGUGGGUGAUGGGAUAAGCCUGCUCAACGUGACUCUGUCUGGAGCUCCCUGUAACUCCACACCACCUCUUUCAGAGGCUGAGAUGAGGAAGGAGUACAUGGGCUGUCAGAACCUGCCUACAGCAUUGUGGCACCAGGGUCGCCGAAAGUCCCACAACAUCGAGAGAAACUGAGAGACAACGCCUAUUCUUCCAGUGCAGCCUCAUCACCUUCACUACCAGCAUCUAAUUUCAUAUAGAGAAUGCUAGAGAUGUCUUUUUGGUCAUCUUAAUUCUUUACUACAGUGUUUGAUCUUCGGUUGUAACACUAGAUUCAGGCAGCUGCCUUAGGAUGCUGUUAGAUGAGAAUUAAAAUAUGUGUAUAAAUUAUUGAUGCUCCAGUACAGGUCAAACUGUCAUUAGCUGGAUCCAGUCGAUCCAGUAGCCAUGAACCUGUUUCUCCAGUAUUUUUGUCUACCCACUGUGGGGGUUCAUCCUGCAGGCAGACAUGCUCUUGCAUCUCUCCACAUUCAGAGCAUCCUGUUGCAGGUCAGUGUACAAGUUAUGUCCUGGAGAUGAAACAUGGUGACUAUGGCAGUCUGCUGUUUCAGUAUAAAUCCAUGUUUCUCUUGCAGACAACAUGAAAGACCUUAGGCAUUGUCAUCAUCUCGCUUUCAAAAGAGUUCUCAUUAACUGUUUUUUCACCAGUCUGACCUGUGUCAGUGUUGGCCUUUAGGUGACAAAACACAUACUAUAGGAGAACAUACAGUACUGGUGUUUUAUACAUCUCUGCUGGAAUUUAAGAACAAACCAUCAAUGAUUAAUUAAGGUCCAUAUAAGUUAAGAAUAAAAAAAGAACAUUGGACCUUAUCCCAUUGAAUGCUCCAGGGCAGGUCUGGCAUUAUAGCUCUCAUCCAGCUUAUUUGUGUAUACAGUAUAUAAUAUAAACCUCUUGUGAGUUCAAGUCAGACAUCAUAUACCUUCAUACAUCUUUCCUAUGUACAAAUGUCCAUUAAACCAGUUCAGUGCAUGUUGGCUAAACAGUUUAAUAGACUAUACCCAAGUGUAAAAUCCUGAAUCAAGAAAUACGUUUUGUAUAGACCAGAAAUACUGUGUGUACUCUGUAAAUGUUAUGUUGUGCUUAAUAAAUGAAUUUUAAAUGCUACUUAAGAGGAUAAUAAUUGUCCUCAUCUCAGUUGUUAAACUGUAGCUUGUGUGACCUUAUGUAAAUACUCAAAAUAAAUUAACUUUUGUACAUAA